GAAAACUAACGAAGAUCCAGGUACUAUUGGCUGGAUGAGCGCGUACGAAUACUUAACGAAUAACUAAAAAUAAAUUUAAAUUUUGGUCAUACAUACACAUAUAUAAAAAGAAAAAAUAUAUAUUUUUGAAAAAAAAGAAGUGUUAAAUGUAUUUUUAAAACAAAAUUUUGUUCUCUUAAUACAAAUCAAUUGUGUCCUGUAUUUUGUGAAAAAAAGUAUUGAAAAUAUUAAAGAAAUUGGAAUACAUUAAAAAAUAUUAAUAAAUUCACAAAAAUAAUAAUAAUAAAAAAAAAAAAAAUCGAAAAUUCGAAAGUGUUUUAUGUGUUGAUCAUUUGUUAAUGUUGUGUUAUAUUUGUAUGCAAAUUGUUACCUAUGGAGAAUACAAAUGUAAAUCCCUUAAAAUCUCCUUCCUCUGCAAAUCCCUCAGACAAUGAGUCGGAUACAAAGGUUAAGGCUGAUACGACGACUACAAGCGAUAAUCCAGCAGAUUCCCGUAAUUUUCCUUUGGGAGGUGAUGAGCACAAACAAAGUAAUCACAAGCCUCCAAAAAUAUCCUUUAGCGAAAAUUCGAGUUCAUUAAUACGAUGUAUGCCAAACGAAAGAGCAACAUUUUUUGUCAAAAUCGAUACAGAAGAAGAUGAUGCUGAUAUUUUACCCCUAGAAUUUGAAUGGAGUCGCGGUGAAAUUCCCAUUUAUAAUUCCGAUCGUUUUCGCAUAACAAAGACCAGUACUGCAGUUCAAUUGGCAGUUGAACAUGUGCAACGAGAAGAUGCUGGUCAUUAUACGCUUUUUGCUAAAACAAAAAGCAACGAUGUCAUACGAAAAGAUGUACAGCUAAUAGUUGAGGAUCGAUCAACGGGCGAUGAUCCACCAAUAUUUCUACGGCGUUUGCUGGACUUGCAAGUAAGAGUUGGUUCAAGUUCUAGACUUAUAACCGAAAUACGCAGUUCCUCAGAUGUGAAGCUUACCUGGUUCCGAAACGAUCGACGCGUGUGUGAAAAUGAUCGUAUUAAAGAGGUUCAUGAGGGUAACUUCCAUUAUCUGGAAAUAAAUCCUGUGGUAGUGGAGGAUGGUGGCCAGUGGAUGGUUAUGGCAGAGAAUUUUAGUGGCCGUAAUUCUUGCAUUUCCAAUUUAACUGUCCUCGUGCCGAAAGCCUAUAAAGCUCCCGAGUUUAUAGAAGAACUAAGAGCGAUUUUAACGCAACAGGGCACAGUAUCGUUGGAAUGUAAAGUGGUGGGUGUACCCACUCCACAAUUGCGUUGGUUUAAGGAUUCUAAAGAGAUUAAGGCCGGUGAUGUGUUUGCUCUUACCGCCAAUGCUGAUGAUCCCACUUCAUUGGGUACCUAUACAUGUGAAGCAGUUAAUUGUGUGGGUAAGGCAUAUUCAAGCUCCAAACUGCACGUUGUGGGCCGUGGCAGUAGAGAGGGUUCAUUAAAACCCGCCGAUAGCGUGACUAACACCGCUCCCCCACCAAUAUUUACUAACGAACUAAAAAAUGCGAGUGUUCGCAUUGGUGAUACAAUUAUUCUCGGAUGCCAAGUGGCUGUACCACCGUGGCCCCAGAGUGUUGUAUGGUAUAAUAAAAAUGGACGUGUUGAAUCUGGUGAUAGAUACAAAUACAUAGAGGAUGGUUUGGGUGUGUAUAUGAUCGAAAUUAAACCCUCCGAGGCUUGCGAUGAGGGUGAAUGGAAGUGUGUGGUUACCAAUGAAGAGAGUUGUGUGGGCAUUUCUUCUUGUGUAGUUGAUAUGGAAAUUCCGAAAAAUUAUCGCAAACCUCGUUUUAUGGAAAGUUUGAGAGCUGUUUUGACAGAAGAAGGUUUAGUUUCAUUCGAAUGUAAAGUUGUGGGCUUUCCUACUCCCCAAUUGAAAUGGUUUAAGGAUGGUCAAGAACUAAAACCAGGUGAUGUAUAUCAACUAACGGGCACUAAUUCAUUGGGUACAUAUUGCUGUAUAGCCAAAAAUUGUAUGGGCGAAACGAGCAGCAUUGCUGUCUUGACCGUAGAGGAUAUACAGAAUCAGUUAAAUGACGAAGAACGUCUGACAUUUGCCACUUCUACAUCUCAACCUCCCAAAUUUUUAAUGGGUCUUAAAUCGGAAGAAACUAAGAUCAAUGAACCCUAUCAGUUUACAGUUAAGGUAGAGGCUACUCCAGAUCCUUUACUAUCAUGGUUCCGUGAUGAAUUGCCUAUAGAGUCUAAUGACCGUUAUAAUCAUUAUCGCGGUGAAGAAAAUAAUUGGCAUUUGGACAUUAGAAACCUGGAGUUUAUUGACCAGGCAGAAUGGAAAUGUGUUGCUGUUAAUGAUUUUGGUACGACUGUUACUUCCUGCUUUUUGAAAUUACAAAUUCCCCGACACUAUAAGAAACCUCGUUUCCUGGAAUGUUUAAGAGCUGUACUCACCGAGGAGGGUGCUGUUAAUUUGGAAUGUAAAGUCAUUGGGGUUCCCCAACCUGUUUUGAAAUGGUAUAAAGAUGGUGUUGAAUUGAAACCGGGAGAUAUCCAUAAAAUAAUAUCUGGACAGGAUGGCACCUGUUGUUUGGGCACCUAUACCUGUGAGGCUCGUAAUUGCAUGGGUGUGGUAGCUAGUUCAGCAGCUUUACUGGGUUUCGAGGAUGAUUAUUCGAAACAGGAAACUAAACAACAACAUGAAUUGCAGCGUAACUUUUCUUUAUCCACCAUCCAGGAAGAACACACUUCUCAAUUAUAUGAAACGCCUCAGGGUGAUAUUACUAUUACCGAGAAAGGAGAUGUAUCAUUUUCAUUUGAUGGCAAAGAAGUGUCGGUAUCUUUGUAUGAGACUCCAGAUCUAACAGAGGAAGAAGCUUUGAAGAUUGUGGAAAUGUAUGCUGAUCAAAUUUCCGAACAUGUUACCGAACACAAUGUCGUUGAAUUGCCGCCAUUGCGGUUUGUCAAAGAAACCUCGCAAUCUGGUAAAUUACUUAUGGAAGCAGUGGUUAUAGAUAUUUCUCCAGAAUAUUUCUCCCACGAAGAAGAUUUGCGUACCGAGGCGGGCAUGGAUGAUAUCUCUAUUAAUGAGAUAACUAUUCAUGGUUCUUCACUAAAGGAUGAAGAGGAGUUGGAUCGACAAACUGAAGACUUUGCCCGCACUUCCUUUGAGAAAAUGGAAGAAGAAUUGUCUUUGACGGCGCCCAUAAGAAAACGCAAAAAAUCUAAACCCACUGAAACCGAUGAAUUCUUUAGUUUUUCAAAAGCUUCCGAUGGCAGUGUGGAUGAAAAUACUUCAGAGUUGCAAACAUUUGCCAGUGCUCAAAUGUCGAAAAUGGAGUCAUUGGAUAACUCCAAAUCAUUAAGUGAAUCCGUACAGGCUCCCGCGCGCAAAAAGGGCAAAAAACAAACUGAUAGUGAAUCUUCAAAAACUACCGAAAACGAGGCUCAACUUCAAGAUAUCUCAGGCGCAGUGGGUGAUGGUCUGAAAGUAACAAGCGACAAGCCUCUGAAAGUUGUCAGCAAUGAGGCUGAUAUAGAAAGAAAUCUCAAAUCUUUAUUGCCUCUGGCAAAACUUUUAAAAGUUUUAGACGGCCAUUUAAAUGCCGUAGAAUCCGAAGUUAUACAACAAUCAGUUAUGCUAAUGACUCCUUCAUCGGCUGAUCAAAGUAUAGCUAUUAUAAAAAAUAUCAUUGAUCCCAUAAGUCAAAUACAAAGUAAACUUAAAGUAUACUCGGGAGAAACGCCUUUAGAUGCUCUUUUUGAGAUGAUGAACGAUGAUAUACGUAAUCUUCAUGUGGCCUUACAAGUUAUAGAAAAAUGUGUGGAAAUUGAUGAGACCGGCACCACAUUGAUACAAAGAACAAGUGUUUGUAUUAUCGAUAGUAUAGCGGAUCAUUUGAUUAAGGCUUUGGAAGAAGUUAAAAUGGUGUCAAACUUGUUCGAAAACGAAAAUUUAAAAUCUCAUUUACAACUUACUGUAGAUGAUAUUAAACAGGGUCUCGAAAUUACCAAAGACACUAUAAAGUCUCAGGCUUUAUUACAGGAGGCUCAAGAAAUCGAAGCCACUAAGCAUUUUACCGAAACCGUAGCCAAAUUACAAGAUAUACCCGAACCAUUGCCUUUCGCCAAAGUAGCGGAGGCCAAUUUACCCAAAUACUCAGAGUCGGUAACGAACAUCUGUGAACCGGUUUUAAGAAUUCAGGCGGCUUUGGAAAAGGUUGAAAAUGAAUUAACACUUGAGGAUAGUGAUGAAGAUAUUUACAAAAAGGUUCAUGAAAAAAUAAUGCACAACUUAGUGGAGCCUAUUAACGAAUUACAGGCUGUUGUGGCUGAAAUCGAAGGAAAAGUUAGUUCGCUGUCGGGCUCUGAUAGUAUAGAACAAAAAGUUAAUAUGGCUAUCUUGGAUAUAGUAUCACCACCUUUAUUCGAAUUGAAUAAAGGUCUAGAAAUUAUUCAGCAGCAACCUUCGCAUAAUAUAGAAGCUGGUAAACUAACGGUUAGUACUGUAGAAUCUAUGGUACCGCCAUUACAGGAAAUACAAAAUGGUUUGGCUCAAUUAAGUCAAGAUAUUUUGUCGGGUCAACUAACCGAUGACCAGCAGCUAAUGGAUACAGAUGAUUUAAAGAAACUUUUACAGUCUUUGGCACAAGCUGUUCUACAUUUGGAAUCGAAUAUAGAUAAUAUAACUUCUCGUUUGCCGCAGAAUGUAUCCAUGAGUCUGUCAAAACUUAGAGAAGAAAUUUCCUCUCUUAUCGGUCAAGUUAUCGAUAAAGAUAUAGAUAAAUAUCAUUUAACAGUUCUGGAGAAUAUAAAGAAACCCAUCGAUGAACUUAACUAUUGCAUAAGACAAAUUGAACAGAAAUCCAUUUCAGGUUCUUUAACAGAUCUGGUAGAUCCCUUGCAUAGUUUGAAUGAUAAAGUUAAAAUGAGCCAAGAAGUUUUGCAACUUUCGACGACCAAACAAAACUUUGAUAUUGUCGAAACAUUAGAUAAAAUGCGUAAUCUUAUUAAACAUAUAGAAAUCGAUAUCGAAGAGAAUGAAUUCAAGAAUAUGCAAAAGGAAAUUGCUUUGGAUGAAGAGCAGGCCAUCAAGGAUAAUAAUCUAUUUUUAUCAAUGAGACAAGAAAUGGAAAUGAGAAUUGAAUUGGAGGAAAGUCUUAAGGAAAUCGAAAAGCUAAAUAACAAUAUCAAAUAUUUGCAACAGAGCACAUUUUUAGACAAAGAACUCAAGUUACAGUUUACAGAAUUAGCAAAGCCUUUUGAGCAGGUUAUAGAUAUCCUGACGAAUAAAGAAAAGGCUCAACAUUCCCUGCAGUCUUCUUUAAAUAUACUAAGAAAUACUGCCAAAAACUGUGAAAGUUUAAAUCAAUCACUAGAGAAGUUGAAAACUGUUAAAAGUAAAACUGAAUUUUCUAAAAUAUUCUACACCAAUUGUCGUUCUGCUUUUGAGGAGCUGAAAUCUGCCAUUGAUCAACUAGAGGAUUAUGAUGUUACGGCAACACCAGUUGUUACUCCAUUUAACAAAAUAUUAGUUGCAUUAGAGAACAUAUUACCCAAACUUGCUACGGAAACAGCUGUAGAAGAUUUGUCUACUUUAGAAGAGGUAUCAGCCUUAAAAUCUGCUGCCGAAUCUUUACCUCUUGAUAGCGACAGGGCUUCGUUGCCAAAGGAUACUAAAGAAGAAGUUUCCGCAGGUCCUUUGAAAUCAUUCGAAGAGAAAAAGCAGCAGGUGGAUGAAUUACUGGGUCAGUUGAAGAAUAGUAUAGCCUCGGUGUUGGCUCAUUGCAACGACUACGACAUGGGCUCCUUGAGAAUCGAGGCUGUGGAACAAAUGAAGGCUACCGUCAAUAAGAUGACCGACUUUAAACAGUGCUUAGAACAAACCCUACAGCCGCAUGUUUUGGAUAUUGUACAAACUUCGUCCGAGUGUACAGAUCUGCGCACAAUGGCUGAGGCUGUUUGCAGUUUGGAAAAUUGUGCUCUACAAAUACAAGAGUAUAUAGACAACUUUGAUGUGAAAGACUUGAGUGGUGAUGAAAUUUCGGAGCUUAAAACUAUGGCCCAACCUUUAAAGGAAUUGGUAGAGGGUGUAAAAGUAUUCUAUACCCAAGAAUUGGAACAAGUGGAAACAAUGAAUACUUUAUCGGCUGUAAGCAUGUCCUCAGCCAAAGUUUUGGAAAGUUUAAGAUCUCAGGUGUUAGCUGUACACGAACAUCAGGCUAUGGAAACUUUAGAAUCAUUGGCCGAUACACAAACAUUUUCCCAUCUAAAGGAAUUUGUACAGCCUUUAAGAGAAUUGGAAAAGGCAGCCAUUUGCACCGAGGAAAAUGUAAUGCUCUCCCAAAUGUCCAAUCUUAGCGAGCAAACGAGCUUAGAAGUAUUAAAAACCUGGGCCAAACCAUUGUUAAGUCUCAAAGAAGCCAUUGUUAAUGUAAAACAAGAACAAGCUUUUAGCGCUUUAGAGGAAUGUCCUGAAUUUGUAGCCCUUAAAGAAAAAUCCUUAGUACUUUUCAAUUUACUAAAGUACUGUGAAAACUUUGAUGCACAAAUAUUUGAAAAUAUUGAAGAUUUAUCUUCGCUUAAUAUUUCCCAUAUUAAAUCCUAUGCCGAGUCCGCAACAGUGUCAGCACACGAACGUAUGGAACCAGCUAAACCCCAUGUACAAGAAGUUAAAACAUUUGAUUUAAAAGAUUGUGUAAAAGGAGGCAUUAAGCAAAUUGAAGAAUGUUUACAUACCACCAAACAGAUACAAGAUUUUGAGGUAACUAGUUUAGAGGAUAUCAUGCAAGAACUGAAAAACGAUCUGCUAAAUAUGGAAAGUAAUCUCUUGAAAUCUAAUGAAGAAACCGAAGAUUUAAUCGCCAAGGAAACCAAAGUGGCCAAAACAAUGUUUAAGCUAAAAGAAUGUUUGGUACACACCUAUGAAGCCACCGAUUUGGAAACGGGUCUAGAAGAUAUAGAGAAAACAUUUGAGGAUUUGCUACAAGCCAUGCCAUCUCUGGAAAUACAAUUGGCUUUGGAAAUGAAAGAGAAAAUAGUUUUAGGUUUCUCCGAAUUCAUAGUGGCCUGCUUGGAAACAACAGAACAACAAGCUAAUUUUGAUACUCUCAUACAACCGUUUAGAAAUCUCAUGGAAACCGUUGAUAUUAUUAGCAAAUUAAAUAAGGUCGAUGUAGAGACAUCAUCCAGUGUAAUGAUUCAGCUACAAACCCAACUUAUGACUGCAUUUAGAGCCCUAAACGAUGUUAGCGAAAAAUCGAACCAAGAUAUACUGCCAAAUCUAUUGAAAACCCAAAAUACUUUGGUUUCAAUUUAUGAUUUUAUCGAAAAUAACGAGGGUAAUUUAAGAAUUAUAGAACUAUUGCAAGAAAUUGAUUAUCUUACUCCUGAGUUAAGAGAAAUCAAAGAUAUACUUGCCUCGAGCCAAAAACGUGCCAGUGAAGAGCAGAUGCAAUUGCUAUUGGAAGAUGUUAAUUCUGCUCAAUUAUUCCUAAUGGAAAUACACGAAGGAUUGUUACAGAAUAAUUCCUUAGUUCAUGUUUUUAUGCAAGAAAAUAAGGAUACUGUGGAAAGUUUGAAAAAUCUGCUUAAUAAGGUGGAGAAUAAACUGCAAUCGAAGACAGUUUAUGAAGUGGAACAAGAAGAAACUAUUGGCAUUCUAAGAGAGCUUUUAAAUAAUCUCAAAGCUAAUAUGGCAAGAGUUAAAGAAAUGGAAUCAAGAGAAGUUGAAACUACUGCCUCCCAGGCAGAAAAACAACUUGCUGUUUCUGAAGAACAGUUUGAACAAACUAAAGCUGAACAUAAAGAUGUUUCAGAAGCAAAGAAAACUGAUCAAAAGAAAAAGGAGAAAGAGAAAGAAACCAAACCACUUGAACAAAAGGACGAAACCAAAGAUGUCCAAGAAGAAGAAGAUAAACCCGUUCAAUUGGAAGAAGAAUCUUAUAAGAAAGAUAAACAAAAGGAUGUCGAACAAGCUAAAGUUAAACCAGAAUCAGAACAAGAAACUCAAAAGAAAGAUGUUGUCGAAGCAUCUGAACAGACUAAAGCUAAACCAGAAACUCAAAAGAAGGAAGAACAAAAGGAUGUUGAAACAGAUUCAGCUAUAACAGAAGAAGUAGCUAAGAAAGCUAAAAAGAAGGAUGUUGAAACAGCUGUUAAAGCAGAAGAAAAAGCUCAAAAGAAAGCUGAACAGAAGGAUGUUGACACAACUGCAUCUGAACAAGCUAAAGCUAAACCAGAACCAGAAGCAAAAACACAAAAGAAAGAUCUUGACACAACCUUAGUGGAAGAAACUGAACCAGCUAAAGCUAAACCAGAAGAAGAAACACCUAAGACGGCUGAACAGAAGGAUGUUGACACAGUUUCAACAUUAGUCGAAGAAACUGAACAAGCUAAAGCUAAACCAGAAACAAAAGAAAAAGCUCAAAAGAAAUCUGAACAAAAGGAAGUUGACUCAACUUCCCCAUUAGCCGAAGAAGCCAAACCAGAACCCCAAUUUACGCCAUUAAUGAAGGAUGUUUUACAGCUUAUCAACACUAAUAAUCAAUAUCUUGAAACAAUAAAACCCAAACAAGUUAAACAAAGUACCUCGGAAUUUGUCAUGUCUGUAAUGGACAACUUAAAAGAACUACAAUUAGCUAUUGAGGUUGAGACUCCUACUACUCUUGAAGAUCGUUUAUUCCUGCCGUUAUUCAAAACCAAACAACUUAUUACAUAUGCUGCGAGCUCCGAGUCUACCGAUGAAAUUGCCCAUAACGUCUUACAAAAUCUUAAGCAUAUUAUGCUAAACAUUAUAAAUGAUAAUGAAAAACUACGCAAAUCUAUACUUUAUGAGGUAGUAGAAGCCGUCAAGCCUAAUGUUAGCCAAAUCCUUGAAAAAAUUGAAAACCAACCCAAAAAAUCCAAAAUUAUACAAAAGACAUCCGAAAGCCUUAAUCAAAUCGCAUUGGAAAUCAAUAACAUCUAUCAGAACAAUCUAGGAAAUCUGGAACCAUCAUCAACCUCUUUCAUAGCUCUAAAAUCAGCUUUAAGCCAAUUAAAGGAAGUGACUGAGGAAAUUAGUGCAAUAAAACCGAAUGUUUUAAACACCUCUAAACUCGAUCAAUUGGUGGAUAAGCUAGAUAAGGCAGAAAUAAAGGAUGCCCUGGAAAUAUUACUGGACUUGGAAAAUAUGAAAGAAAUGUUUGAGCAACUCCUAGAAACCAUUCAAAACGAGUCUUUAAUGCAGCAUAAACCCAUAGAGGAAACCGUUGCCAAUGCUUUAGAAGUUAUAGGCGAUAACAGUGAUCUACAAGAUAUUAAAAAAGAUUUGCAAGAGACUUUAGAUUCAUCAAAUAACGAACAGAAAAGAAAAUGUAUAUUCAAGCUAAGAGAACAUAUUGUACAUACUUACGAUGGCGGAUUAAAUGAAGAACUUGAAAACGUUAUCGAUUCUAUAUUGGGCAACAACUCUGAUUUAAUAGAAUCGAUUAACGGCGAAUAUUUAAAAAAUAUUACCGAUAACUUUACCUCAGUAUGUAAACAAAUCGAUGCAGUUACAAUGGAAUCUUGGCAGGGAAAAUUAACUGGGCUAACUACAAAACUGUCAAAUAUACAAAACAUUGCCGAUCGUCUUAAAACUUCAAAGGAUUUCGAAAAAUCGUCCAUUAACUCAAUUGAACUUCAGAAAAAUCUUAUGGACAUUUUUGUUUUAUUUGAUGAUAUGUUAGAAAUUGCCACUUCACCUUUGAAUAGAGAUGUGGAAAAGGUAAAAAGCUUAGCAUUAAAGGAGUACGAUAACAUAGAAAGCUCUACGGCAAAUAUCAAAACACUUCAGGCUUACGAAAAUAUGCUUGAUAUGUGCAAAUUAAUAAAGACCGUUGUGGAAAAAGUGUGUGAAAAAUCUAAAUCACAAGAAAUGGAAAUAUCAGUCGAAGAGAUAGAAGAGCAAAAAGUAGAAGCAAAGCAAACUGAAGAAAAAGAUCUAAAAACUACUAAAGAGAAGGCAGAAAUAUCUGAAGUAAAGGUCGAAAAAUUAGAAGAAACAGAACUCGAGACUAAAGCCAAGAAAGCUGAAGAAAAAGAACUAAAAUCUACCAAAGAGAAGGCAGAAGUAUCUGAAGUAAAGGCUGAAAAGUUAGAAGAAAAGGAACUGGAAGUUGAAACCAAGAAAGCUGAAGAGAAAGAUGUAAAAACUACUAAAGAGAAGGCUGAAAUUUCUGAAGUUAAGGCUGAAAAGUUAGAAGACAAGAAAUUGGAAGCUGAAACCAAAAAAGCUGAAGAGAAAGAUCUAAAAACUACCAAAGAGAAGGCAGAAGUAUCUGAAGUAAAGGCUGAAAAAUUAGAAGAAAAGAAAGUGGAAGCUAAAACCAAGAAAGCUGAAGAAAAAGAAGUAAAAACUACCAAAGAGAAGGCAGAAGUAUCUGAAGUGAAGGCCGAAAAGAUAGAAGAAAUGCAACUGGAAGCUGAAGCUAAGAAAGCUGAAGAAAAAGAUCUUAAAACUACUAAAGAAAAGGCAGAAGUAUCUGAAGUAAAGGCCGAAAAGUUAGAAGAAAAGAAAAUAGAGGUUGAAGCCAAGAAAGCUGAAGAAAAAGAACUCAAAACUACCAAAGAGAAGGCAGAUGUAUCUGAAGUGAAGGCCGAAAAGGUAGAAGAAAUUAAAGUGGAAGUUGAAUCUAAGAAACCUGAGGAAAAAGAUCUAAAACUUACUAAAGAGAAGGCUGAAAUCUCUGAAGUAAAGGCCGAAAAAAUAGAAGAAAAGGAACUGGAAGCUAAAGCCAAGAAAGCUGAAGAGAAAGAUUUAAAAACUACCGAAGAGAAGGCUGAAAUUUCAGAAGUUAAGGCCGAAAAGCUAGAAGAAAAGAAAUUGGAAGCUGAAACCAAGAAAGCGAACGAAAAAGAUGUUAAACCUACUAAAGAGAAGGCUGAAAGCUCUGAAGUAAAGGCUGAAAAAUUAGAAGAAAAGAAACUGGAAGCAGAAGCCAAGAAAGCUGAAGAAAAAGAUGUAAAAGCAACUAAAGAGACGGCUGAAAUCACUGAAGUAAAGGCUGAACAAAUAGAAGAAAAGAAGCUGGAAACUGAAAAUAAGAAACCUGAGGAAAAAGAUUUGAAAACUACCAAAGAGAAGGCUGAAAUUUCUGAAGUUAAGGCCGAAAAGCUAGAAGAAAAGAAAUUGGAAGCUGAAACCAAGAAAGCGGACGAAAAAGAUGUUAAACCUACUAAAGAGAAGGCUGAAAUCUCUGAAGUAAAGGCUGAAAAAUUAGAAGAAAAGAAACUGGAAGCUGAAGCCAAAAAACCUGAGGAAAAAGAACUAAAACCUACUAAAGAAAAGGCUGAAAUCUCUGAAGUAAAGGCCGAAAAAUUAGAAGAAAAGAAACUGGAAGCUGAAGCCAAGAAAGCUGAAGAGAAAAAUUUAAAAACCACCGAAGAGAAGGCUGAAAUUUCAGAAGUUAAGGCCGACAAGCUAGAAGAAAAGAAAUUGGAAGCUGAAACCAAGAAAGCGGACGAAAAAGAUGUUAAACCUACUAAAGAGAAGGCUGAAAUCUCUGAAGUAAAGGAUGAAAAAUUAGAAGAAAAGAAACUGGAAGCUGAAGCCAAAAAACCUGAGGAAAAAGAACUAAAACCUACUAAGGAGAAGGCUGAAAUCUCUGAAGUAAAGGCCGAAAAAUUAGAAGAAAAGGAACUGGAAACUAAAGCCAAAAAACCUGAGGAAAAAGAACUAAAACCUACUAAAGAAAAGGCUGAAAUCUCUGAAGUAAAGGCCGAAAAAUUAGAAGAAAAGAAACUGGAAGCUGAAGCCAAGAAAGCUGAAGAGAAAAAUUUAAAAACCACCGAAGAGAAGGCUGAAAUUUCAGAAGUUAAGGCCGAAAAGCUAGAAGAAAAGAAAUUGGAAGCCGAAACCAAGAAAGCGGACGAAAAAGAUGUUAAACCUACUAAAGAGAAGGCUGAAAUCUCUGAAGUAAAGGCUGAAAAAUUAGAAGAAAAGAAACUGGAAGCUGAAGCCAAAAAACCUGAGGAAAAAGAACUAAAACCUACUAAAGAAAAGGCUGAAAUCUCUGAAGUAAAAGCCGAAAAAUUAGAAGAAAAGAAACUGGAAGCUGAAGCUAAGAAAGCUGAAGAGAAAAAUUUAAAAACCACCGAAGAGAAGGCUGAAAUUUCAGAAGUUAAGGCCGAAAAGCUAGAAGAAAAGAAAUUGGAAGCCGAAACCAAGAAAGCGGACGAAAAAGAUGUUAAACCUACUAAAGAGAAGGCUGAAAUCUCUGAAGUAAAGGCUGAAAAAUUAGAAGAAAAGAAACUGGAAGCUGAAGCCAAAAAACCUGAGGAAAAAGAACUAAAACCUACUAAGGAGAAGGCUGAAAUCUCUGAAGUAAAGGCCGAAAAAUUAGAAGAAAAGGAACUGGAAACUAAAGCCAAAAAACCUGAGGAAAAAGAACUAAAACCUACUAAAGAAAAGGCUGAAAUCUCUGAAGUAAAGGCCGAAAAAUUAGAAGAAAAUAAACUGGAAGCUGAAGCCAAGAAAGCUGAAGAGAAAAAUUUAAAAACCACCGAAGAGAAGGCUGAAAUUUCAGAAGUUAAGGCCGAAAAGCUAGAAGAAAAGAAAUUGGAAGCUGAAACCAAGAAAGCGGACGAAAAAGAUGUUAAACCUACUAAAGAGAAGGCUGAAAUCUCUGAAGUAAAGGCUGAAAAAUUAGAAGAAAAGAAACUGGAAGCUGAAGCCAAAAAACCUGAGGAAAAAGAACUAAAACCUACUAAGGAGAAGGCUGAAAUCUCUGAAGUAAAGGCCGAAAAAUUAGAAGAAAAGGAACUGGAAACUAAAGCCAAAAAACCUGAGGAAAAAGAACUAAAACCUACUAAAGAAAAGGCUGAAAUCUCUGAAGUAAAGGCCGAAAAAUUAGAAGAAAAUAAACUGGAAGCUGAAGCCAAGAAAGCUGAAGAGAAAAAUUUAAAAACCACCGAAGAGAAGGCUGAAAUUUCAGAAGUUAAGGCCGAAAAGCUAGAAGAAAAGAAAUUGGAAGCUGAAACCAAGAAAGCGGACGAAAAAGAUGUUAAACCUACUAAAGAGAAGGCUGAAAUCUCUGAAGUAAAGGCCGAAAAAUUAGAAGAAAAGAAACUGGAAGCUGAAGCUAAGAAAGCUGAAGAAAAAAAUUUAAAAACCACCGAAGAGAAGGCUGAAAUUUCAGAAGUUAAGGCCGAAAAGCUAGAACAAAAGAAAUUGGAAGCUGAAACCAAGAAAGCGGACGAAAAAGAUGUUAAACCUACUAAAGAGAGGACUGAAAUCUCUGAAGUAAAGGCUGAAAAAUUAGAAGAAAAGAAACUGGAAACUGAAUCCAAAAAACCUGAGGAAAAAGAACUAAAAACUACCAAAAAGAAGGCUGAAAUCUCUGAAGUGAAGUCCGAAAAGGCAGAAGAAAAGGAAGUGGAAGCUAAAACCAAGAAACCUGAAGAAAAAGAUCUAAAAACUACCGAAGAGAAGGCUGAAAUCUCUGAAGUUAAGGCCGAGAAGCUAGAAGAAAAGAAACUGGAAGCUGAAGCCAAGAAAGCUGAAGAAAAAUUAGAAGAAAAGAAGCUGGAAACUGAAACCAAGAAACCUGAGGAAAAAGAUUUCAAAACUACCAAAGAGAAGGCUGAAAUUUCUGAAGUUAAGGCUGAAAAGCUAGCGGAAAAGAAAGAGGAAGCUGAAGCAAAGAAAGCUGAUGGAAAGGAUUUAAAAACUACCAAAGAGAAGGCUGAAAUCUCUGAAGUUAAGGCCGAAAAGCUAGAAGAAAAGAAAUUGGAAGCUGAAACCAAGAAAGCGGACGAAAAAGAUGUUAAACUUACUAAAGAGAAGGCUGAAAUCUCUGAAGUAAAGGCUGAACAAUUAGAAGAACAGAAACUGGAAGCUGAAACCAAAAAACCUGAGGAAAAAGAACUAAAACCUACUAAAGAAAAGGCUGAAAUCUCUGAAGUAAAGGCCGAAAAAUUAGAAGAAAAGAAACUGGAAGCUGAAGCUAAGAAAGCUGAAGAGAAAAAUUUAAAAGCCACCGAAGAGAAGGCUGAAAUUUCAGAAGUUAAGGCCAAAACGGCAGAAGAAAAGAAACUGGAAGCUGAAGAAAAGAAAGCCGAAGAAAAAGAUCUAAAAUCUACUAAAGAGAAGGCUGAAAUCUCUGAAGUAAAGGUCGAAAAGGUGGAAGAAAAGAAAGUGGAAACUGAAGCCAAGAAAGCUGAAGAAAAAGAUCUAAAACCUGCCGAGGAGAAGGCUGAAAUUUCUGAAGUUAAGGCCGAAAAGCUGGAAGAAAAGAUAUUGGAAGCUGAAACCAAGAAAGCUGAAGAAAAAGAACUGAAAACUACUAAAGAGAAGGCUGAAGUGUCUGAAGUGAUGGCAGAGAAGGUAGAAGAAAAGGAACUGGAAGCUAAAGCAAAGAAACCUAAAGAAAAAGAUCUAAAAUCUACUAAAGAGAAGGCUGAAAUCUCUGAAGUAAAGGCUGACAAAUUAGAAGAAAAGAAAAUAGAGGUUGAAGCCAAGAAAGCUGAAGAGAAAGAUCUAAAAACUACCAAAGAGAAGGCUGAAAUUUCUGAAGUUAGGGCCAAAACGGCAGAAGAGAAGAAACUGGAAGCUGAAGAAAAGAAAGCCGAAGAUCUAAAAUCUACUAAAGAUAAGGCUGAAAUCUCUGAGGUAAAGGCUGACAAAUUAGAAGAGAAGAAAUUAGAGGUUGAAGCCAAGACAGCUGAAGAGAAAGAUCUAAAAACUACCAAAGAGAAGGCUGAAAUUUCUGAAGUUAAGGCAGAAGAAAAGAAACUGGAAGCUGAAGAAAAGAAAGCCGAAGAAAUAGAUGUAAAAACUAUUAAAGAGAAGGCUGAAAACGAUGUGAAUACUACCAAAGAGAAGGCAGAAAUUUCGGAAGGUAAGGUCGAAAAACUAGAAGAAAAGAAAUUGAAAGCUAAAACAAAGAAAGCCGAAGAAAAAGAUGUUAAACCUACUAAAGAAAAGGCUGAAAUCUCUGAAGUGAAGGUGGAAAAGGUAGAAGAAAAGAAACUGGAAGCUGAAGAGAAGAAACCUAAGGAGGGACAACUAAAAUCUACCAAAGAGAAUGCUGAAAUUUCUGAAGCUAAGACCGAAAAACUAGAAGAAAAGAAAUUGGAAGCUGAAACCAAGAAAGCCGAAGAAAAAGAUGUAAAAACUUCUAAAGAGAAGACUGAAAUCUCUGAAGUAAAGGUCGAGAAGAUAGAAGAAAAGGAACUGGAAGCUAAAGCAAAGAAACCUAAAGAAAAAGAUCUAAAAUCUACUAAAGAGAAGGCUGAAAUCUCUGAAGUAAAGGUCGAAAAGGUGGAAGAAAGGAAAGUGGAAACUGAAGCCAAGAAAGCUGAAGAAAAAGAUCUAAAACCUAUCGAAGAGAAGGCUGAAAUUUCUGAAGUUAAGGCCGAAAAGCUGAAAGAAAAGAAUGUGGAAGCUGAAACCAAGAAAGCUGAAGAAAAAGAACUGAAAACUACUAAAGAGAAGGCUGAAGUGUCUGAAGUGAAGGCCGAGAAGGUAGAAGAAAAGGAACUGGAAGCUAAAGCAAAGAAACCUAAAGAAAAAGAUCUAAAAUCUACUAAAGAGGAGGCCGAAAUCUCUGAAGUAAAGACUGAAAAAAGAGAAGAAAAGAAACGGGGUUCUAAAACCAAGAAGGUUGAUGAUGUAAAAACUGUUAAAGAAACAGCAGAAAUCUCUGAUGUAAAGGCCGAUAAGGUGGAAGAUGAGAAACUGGAAGAUGAAACUAAGAAGGUUGAAGAACAAGAAGUAAAAACUACCAAGGAGAAGGCUGAAAUCUCUGAAGUAAAGUCCGAAAAGAUAGAAGAAGACAAACUGGAAGCUAAAUCCAAAAAGACUGAAAUUACGGAAGUAAAGGCCGAAAAACUGGAAGAGAAGAAAUUGGAGACAGAAAUAGUAGAUGAAAACUUAGAAGCCAAGGAACUUAAAUCUAAAGAUGUUAAGCAGACAACUGAAAAAUCGGAGGUUGAGAGCGAAAAGUUAGAGGAAAAGAAACUAAAAACUAAAGCGAAAAAGUCUAAACAAAAAGAUGAACAGACAGCCGAAACGAAAACUGUUGAAGCAGAAAAGAAACAACUGGAGGCUAAAGACAAAAAGGCUGAUGAUGAGGAUGUAAAAGAAGCCAGUAUAAAAGCUGAGAUAACUGAAGUUGAGCUGAAAAAGCCGGUCGAAGUGAAAGCUGACAAAUCAGAAGUUAAGCCCGAAAAGUUAGAAGCAAUUGAUUUGAAGAAAUCUGAAGUAGAAUUAAUCGAAAAAAUGAGUGUUAAAGAAAGUGAUAAACCUAAAAAAUCUAAUGAAUAUAUGGACCUAAAAGAACAACGAAAUGCCAAAAGGAUGCCUAGUGUGGAUAUUAAACUUACCAAUCGCAAUUCAUCGGUGGGAAGCGAUAUUAAACUGACAUGCGGCAUAUCGGGCAAUGAUGUAGACAUACGAUGGUUUAAAGAAAACACUGCUAUCGAGAACAGUGCUAAAUACAAAAUCACGCAAAAGGAUGGUUUAUCUUGUUUAGAAAUAAAAUCAGCCGAUUUGAAUGAUGCAGCUGUAUACAGAUGUGUUGCGGCAAAUAGAAACGGUGAAGUGGAGACUAGUUGCCUCGUGACACUGUAUGAUGUACCCACGAAUAAAUUUGGAACCCCGCCAAUAUUCACUCGUAAUAUCAGAGAUGCAUAUCAUUCUCAUGAAAAUCAUAUUACGCUGGAGUGCAAAGUUUCCGGAAAUCCUAAACCAAAUGUUUACUGGCAAAAGGAUAAUACCUUGUUAUCGGAGGAGGGUAACAAAUACAAGUUUACUGAUCUACAAGAUGGAGUUAGACAAUUGAUUAUACAAAAUCCCCUAAAAGAAGACACGGGUCUUUACACUUGCUAUGCGGAAAGUGAGAGCGGACAAAUGAAAAUCAGCAAAUUUGUAGACAUCUCGGAUUAUAUGAAAAAGAUAACCGAACGUAGAGCAUCCAAGUCAUAUAAUGAACAACGGGAAGUUGCGGAAUUAGAUAAAGUCCAAGAUGAAGUUGACAGCAACGAAAGACAAGAACAAAAAUUACGCUCUAGAGAGGCGAAAUUUAAACUUAAUGUUGAAACUCCUAUGAAACCCAUGACUAUUGCCUCGGGAACUAAGGCUCAAUUAAUCUGUUAUGUCAGCGGUCUAAUUGAAGAUGUUUAUUGGUUGCGUGGCGAUGAACGUGUUACCAAAGAUUCACGUCACAAAAUCUACAAUAUCAAUGGUGCCUUAAGUUUAGAGAUUUAUGAUGCCCGUCCCGAUGAUACCGGUGAAUACAAGUGUGUAGUACGUAAUAAUCGCAAUUCCACAGAAUCUAUAUGUAAACUAACGGUUUACGAUAAUACAAAGGCUGAAUUGCCAACAAGUUUCUCGGGUCCCGUAACAGCUACUUUUGAUGCGGCUCGCAGUGAAAUCAUACUAUCAUGUAAUGUUCAUGGUCGUCCAUGUGUAACAUGGAUUCGCGAUGAUCAUACUAUAUCGAAUAAUCGUUAUCGUUCCAUUGAGGAAGUUGGUGGUGUGCGCAAACUUAUUAUACGCAAUCCUAUACCCUCAGAUUGUGGCACUUUCUCCUGUUUUGCCGAAACGAAUGAGGGCAUUGAAUCGAUUACAAAAGUUAUUAAAAUAGCCGAUCUUAAGAAACUUAUGACGGCUGCUGCUGAAUCAGAAAUCAAUGGUUUCGCGAAUACACAUGAAGAUAAACCUAAACGAACUUUGGAUGUGAUCGAUAAUGAUUCAGAAAAUCUAACACGUUUGUCCUUGGGACGCAGCCAUCAGGUGGCAUCACAAAGAAAACCCUUGUUUAGUACUUUAUUACACGAUCGUACCGUAACCGAAUGUUCAAAUGUACGUUUAAGUUGCAGCGUAGUUUAUGAUGGUUGUACGAGCAUUGAAUGGUUGAAAGAUAAUCAACCUUUACCCAAGGAUUCACGUUAUCAAACCAUAUUCCAUAAUGGCGAGGCGAUAUUGGAAAUUUUCGCGGCACAAGAAAGUGAUAGCGGUCGUUAUACAUGCCGGGCUACUAAUGAUUACGGCGAAAGUCUUAGUCAAAGUCAAUUGCGCAUUUAUAAACAUUACGAAGAUGCUCCACAGCCAGCAACAUUCGUACAGUCCAUUAAAGACACCUAUUCUAUUAAUGAGAAUGAGUUGGUUUUGGAUUGCCGUGUACGUGGUAAACCACGUCCCGAAAUACAAUGGUUGAAGGGAACAGAUAUGCUUAUACCAGGCGACAGAUACAUACAAAUCGAUCAACCCGAUGGUUACUCCAAAUUGAUUGUAACUAAACCCACUGAAAAGGAUUCUGGUUUAUAUGCCUGUGUGGCUCGUAAUGAGGUGGCCGAAAGUAAGAUUACCCAUCAAGUCGAUUUCAAGGGACGUGAACGUUUUGCCUUGGAAAAGACUAUGGGCUAUUUCCAUCGUGAUCCUAAUAAGCCACAUUUCGUUACACCUUUGGGCAAUCAAACUGUUUGCAAUGGUGGCACAAUUGCCAUAUCGGCUGAGUUUAUGCAGACUCAUACACCUAUUGAUGUUCAGUGGUUCCGUGAUCGCCAACCCUUGGCGGGACAACCUAAUGUUACAACAUUCUAUGAACAUGGUGUUUACACUUUGGCCAUUAUGAAUGCUCAGGCUGAGAAUGAAGGUACCUAUACUUGCCGAGCUCAAAAUGCUUUCGGUCGCAUCGAAUCGCAUGCAAAUGUUGAUGUAGCCGUGGGUGUUUCGAAGGAUGAGCGUCCUCCAUUGUUCCUUUCAAGACCCGAAACGGAAAUGAAGAUUGCUGUUGGUGAUCCCUUCUCGAUUUCCUUUAGAAUUGCUGGUGAUCCAAAACCAAGAUUGACUUUCAUGAAGGGUACCAAAGAUAUUACAAAAUCUGAUCGUGUUAGCAAAGAAGUCUCAGAUGAUUAUACCAGAUUUACCGUACAAAAGGCACAAAUUUCGGAUUCUGGCACUUACUUUGUGGUGGCUCGUAAUAACAAUGGCACUGACCGAAUAUUCGUUACUGUAGAGGUAAUGCCCAGAGCACGUUCUGAAACUCCUUCGGCUCCUCGUUGGGGUCUAGCACUAGAAAGUUAUCCCGAUGUUUCAUAUUUCAAAGAUCCACCGGCUGCCAUUUCAACGGAACCCCUGCUUAUCGAUUCGGGUCCAACACAUAUUAGUUUGUCUUGGGGCAAACCGCCCACCAAUAAUUCUGCUCCUGUUAUAGCCUAUCGGGUAGAUGCUUGGGUGGUGGGCCAUGAUGGUGGUGCCAUGUGGAAAGAACUUGGUCUUACUCCCAUUAACUCCUUUGAUGCUUUCAAUCUGAAAUCGAAUGUAGAAUAUCAUUUCCGUGUAACACCCAAAAAUCGUUAUGGUUGGGGUCCUUCGGUUCAGACUUCGGUCCCCUUGCAAGUGGGUGGUGUUGAAUGUUUGCCUGAGUUUACGGUUAUUUUGCCCGGCCAAGUUAAGGCUUUAUUAAAUAAGGAAUUCGUUUUGGAGGCUGUAGUACGUGGCACCCCUCGACCAGAUAUUGUCUGGUAUAAGGAUGGCUUACGCAUAAGCAGUAAUUUGGAAAGUGAACGUGUUAAGACACGUAAAAUUGGCUCCACCUGUACUUUGACCAUUAAGCAGGUAACCGAAGCUGAUGCUGGACGUUACACCUGUGAGGCUACAAACUCUAAAGGUAGAGUAUCGACAUUUGCUCGUCUACAAGUAGUCUCCGAUCCCAAACUCUUCGAGGCCGAUCACCGUCUCAAAGAAAUUGUUCGUCAGGAUAAUCUAGCCACCAUCGGAGAUACCUUACCCAUUUUCACCAUGCGUCUAAGAGAUAGACGUGUUCAGGUCACCUAUCCUGUACGUUUGACCUGCCAGGUGGUGGGACAUCCUCAACCGGAAAUUACCUGGUACAAAGAUGAUGAACUUUUACAGUCCAGUAGGCGUUGUCUUAUUACCGAAGAAAAUCAAUUCUAUACUUUGGAAUUGGCAAGUGCUCAGCUCAGUGAUAGUGGUAUCUAUACCUGUACUGCCAAAAAUGAAUUGGGUUCUGUGUCCUGCCAUUGUUCUUUGGUUGUGGAUAAGGGUAUACGGGCCUAUAUAUCGCCCGAAUUUUAUAUGCCACUCGAUCCUCUCUAUAUAGUACAAGAAGGUCAAGAAUUACGUUUAACUGCCAAAGUUGAAGCUUAUCCUGCGGUCGGUGUAUCAUGGCAUCGUAAUGGUGUAAAAUUACGUCCUAGCCGAAGAUUAGCUGUCUCUCUGGAUGCAACUGGUUUAGUGGAAUUGAUUAUAUCCGAAACGAGUGUACGCGAUGCUGGCAUUUAUACUUGUGUGGCCUCAAAUGCUGUGGGUAAACAGGAGAGUAUGUGCCGUGUGUGUAUAGAACCUUUGGAAGAGGAAGAUGUUAGCAAACAAAUCACGAGAAGUGUUCCAGCUAUAUUCACCAAUGAUAUGCCUUAUUCCAAAGAACCUUUGUUUUUGGUUAAGCCACGUUCUAGUGAAGCUUAUGAAGGUGAUACGGUCAUUAUAUUCUGUGAAGUUGUGGGAGAUCCCAAACCAGAUGUUGUUUGGCUCAGAGAUUUCUUGAAUCCUGAAUAUUACAAAGACGCUCCUCAUUUCCGACGCAUUGGUGAGGGUACGGAAUACCGUUUGGAAAUACCAUAUGCCAAAUUAGAUUUUACCGGAACUUAUUCUGUUAUUGCAUCAAAUUGUCAUGGCGAAGCUAAGGCAGUGAUAUCAUUACAAAUUUUUGCCAAAGGUAAGUUGAAAAACUUAAAAAAUUUAACCAAAAUUCAAAUCUUAGGGAAAUGUUUUAAAUGGUGUUCACAUGGCUUCAAGAAUCUCUUCCUUUUUGGUGUCGACCUUGAGGCUUACUCUCAUUCUCCUCAACCCCACUCAUGGGAGGGUUCAAUCAGACAUGGCAAUAUCGAAACGUUACCGCGUUUUAUUCGUCAUUUACGCAACUUACGUUGCUGUGACGGUGAUGCCAUUACCUUAGAGGCUCACGUAGAGGGUCUACCAGAACCUGUUAUCAUUUGGGAGAAAGAUGGUCGUGUUUUGCCCAGCGGUAAAGACUUUGAGAUGACUUAUGACGGCAUCAAAGCUACACUCAGCAUACCACGUGUUUAUCCCGAAGACGAAGGAGAAUAUACUUGUAUUGCCAAAAAUAAUAUUGGACGCACUCUAUCGUCAGCCUGUAUUAUAGUAGAUGUUCCAGAAGAAAAGGAAAAUAUGUUAAAUAGACAACUAACACGACCCACCGGUUUUCUGUCGGCUACCUCAACUCCUCUAUCGACACCACGAUCCACACCUAUUAGAAGUUUUUCGCCCAGUCGCCGUUUAUCUUAUCGCAAUUCUAUUAUUGAUAUUAGCGAACCACGUAGCAGUAGGGGUCGCAGUGUGGUCGAUGGUCGUCAAGCUAUUUCAGCGCCGAAAUUUUUAGCCAUUCCGAAUAGUCGUGUUGUGGAGGAGGGUGACAGUGUACGCUUCCAAUGUGCCAUAGCUGGUCAUCCUAUGCCCUGGGCCACCUGGGAUAAGGAUGGUAUUAUAGUAACUCCCACUACUCGUAUAGCUAUUAAAGAAGUCAAUGAUUUGCGUUAUUUGGAAAUUGAGGAGGUUACAUUCGAUGAUGCCGGCCUGUAUCGCAUUACACUGGAAAAUGAUUACGGUCGCAUAGAAGCCACUGCUCGUCUUGAUGUCAUCGGUAGUUCACGAUAUUCAAAAUCACCCUCUGCCCGCAGUAUACGUGCCUCUUCCUCAAAACGAAAUGCUUAUUUACAUCGGCGUAUAAUGGGUCCCUCCACCGCCAUUGGUGGUCGUAUGGCUUUAGCUUCGGGUUUUAGGGGUUCCUCAGUGCCUUCUUGUAAAUUCUAUCAUAAUGGUUUGGAAUUGCAGGAAAGUGAACGCGUUCACAUUGAUCUAUUACAAGAAGAAGCAUUUUUAUUCGUAGACAAUGUAUCGAAAGAUGAUGAGGGUGUUUAUACGUGUGUAAUCGAGGGUCAUGAACACGAACCUAUUGUUACUUCAACUAUGGUAAAGUUUUUAACUGCAGAAGAAUUACAACAACCAACCAAGACUCAAUGCGAAAUUGUGCAACACCUGCCCGACGAAAUCGAACACUGGGAAGGCGAAACUAUAGAUUUAUGUUUUGAAUUGAAGACCAAUAUGCCGUAUACGUAUAUGUGGACCCGUAAUGGUGAACUUAUUAAAGAAUCGGAUGAUUUUAAUUACAUUGAUCAUGGCAAUGGUUUUCUCUGCUUACGUAUUCACGAUGCAUUCGAUUUGGAUUCUGGUUGUUACACCUGCAUCGUAACCACAUUCGAUGGUUUUCAAUGCUCUACUUUUACUAAUUUAAAUAUUGGGCGUAAUUCCGAAAUCAUCGCCGACAAUAGCGAUGGUGGUUUAGCGUUAAUGAAAUCUCUAUUGCCUGUGGUAGCCGAUUGUGGUGUUAAGGCAACAUUUUGUGCCCGUGUUUUUCCCGCCGAUGCUGAGGUGUGUUGGUAUGUGUGUGGUCGUCAAGUUAUGGAAAACAUUGCUGAUGAUGAUUCAUGUGAAUUUACGUUGGAGUCAUCGUCUACAGAUGGUUUACGAAUUUUGCAUAUAAAUGAUGUUACCUUGGAACACAGUGGUGAAGUUCAAUUGGUUGUAACACAUCCCGGUAAACCCCAUUCAUCACUUAAAUCCUAUACAUCAUUGGCCGUAAUACCACGCUCAACAACAGCCCUCAAAUUAAUUGAACCUACAGAAAUUCCCACAGACUUGAAGACAGAUUUAAGUCAAAAUCAUACAAAUAAAGAACGUCCUCAGCCGGCCUAUAUAUUAGAAGGUCCUAAAGAUUGUACCGCUUUAAUUGGUGGCUGUGUACGUUUGUCGGUCAUAUUUGAAGGAUUACCCAAACCACAAGUUAGAUGGUUUAAAGCGAGUCGUCCAAUUGUUGAAACUUCAAAUAUUAUAAUAAAUACUUCAACACGCAAAUCCAUACUACAGAUCUCAGAUAUAGUGACCGAUGAUAGUGGUAAAUAUACCGUAGAAGUAAUGAAUGAAUUUGGUAACGAUGUAGCCGUAGCUUCAGUGGCCGUAGAGGGACCACCGGAACCGCGUGGUAAACCAAGUAUUUCACAAGGUCCAGAUCGUGUAUCGAUUGCUUGGUGUGGUCCACCCUAUGAUGGUGGUUGCAUGAUUACCGGCUUUAUUAUUGAAAUGCAAGAAUUAUUGUCAUCCAACGAUAAUGAAAAUGAAGCUGUUUGGUUGGAAAUUGCCUCCGUGGUGGAUUCUUUGGCUUAUACCGUCAAGGAUCUUAAACCAUUGUGUACUUAUAGAUUUCGUGUUCGUGCUGAAAAUGUUCAUGGUCGCAGUGAGCCCGGUUUGCCCAGCGAUCGUGUACAUGUCACCGAAGAAAAUGAAGACUUAAAUGAUGAUUUCCAAAAAUCGAUUUCUAUAAAAGCCGGUGGCGAUUUUAAAAAUCGCUUUGAUGUUUUAGAAGAAUUGGGCAAAGGACGUUUCGGCAUUGUCUACAAAGUUCAAGAGAAAGAAGAACCCAAACGCAUAUGUGCAGCGAAAAUAAUAAAAUGCAUUAAAUCACGUGAUCGUGUCAAAGUUCAAGAGGAAAUUUCCAUAAUGAGAUCAUUAAAACAUCCCAAACUUUUGCAAUUGGCAGCAUCGUUUGAAAGUUCUCGUGAAAUAGUAAUGGUUAUGGAGUACAUUACUGGCGGAGAACUAUUCGAACGUGUAGUAGCCGAUGACUUCACCUUAACCGAACGUGAUUGUGUUUUAUUCGUGCGUCAAGUGUGCGAGGGUGUCGCCUACAUGCACAGCCAGUCAAUAGUACAUUUGGAUCUUAAACCUGAAAAUAUUAUGUGUAAGACUCGCACUUGUCAUCAAAUCAAAAUUAUUGAUUUUGGUUUAGCUCAACGCUUAAAUACCGGUUCUCCUGUGAGAGUUCUUUUCGGUACACCCGAAUUUAUUCCACCGGAAAUUAUUAGCUAUGAACCCAUAGGUUUCCAAUCGGAUAUGUGGAGUGUGGGUGUCAUAUGUUAUGUGCUUUUAUCCGGUCUUUCGCCCUUUAUGGGUGAUAGUGAUGUCGAAACCUCGAAUAUUACCCGAGCCGAUUAUGAUUUCGAUGAUGAUGCAUUUGAUUGUGUCUCUCAACAGGCUAAAGACUUUAUUUCGAAUUUAUUAGUUCAUCGUAAGGAAGAUCGCUGGACGGCUGAACAAUGUUUAGAAUCUGCCUGGUUGAAACAGGGACAACAGGAUGAGAAUUUAAGCAAUAAGAAAAUAUGCACAGAUAAACUGAAGAAGUUUAUCAUACGUCGGAAGUGGCAAAAAACUGGUAAUGCUAUAAGAGCUUUAGGUCGCAUGGCUACAUUAUCUGCUUCCCGCCGUAAUUCAGUUGCUUCCAAUGCCGGUUCCGUAUCCAACAGUCCACGUCCAUCCGUAUCGGGUGUUACAAUUCUUAAUCCCAACAUAUCCGUACAAAUGGGUUCACUACACGAGGAAGAUGAUGAUUUCAGCAUAGAAUUACCCAGUUCUGAGCUGAAGAGAAGAAAUCCCACAGUUCUAAACAAAUCACAGUGUAGCGAACGUAGUGAUUCCGGUUACAGUGAAUGUUCAAAUUGUAGUGCUUCGGGAACAAUACAAUGUCAAUGUACUACCAAUAAAGACAGUGUGGAUCAGGUGGCCAAUGAAGAUAUGUCGUUAUCUGUGCCACAUGAUUUACUUAAACUGAAACUGGAAGAAAUAGCCCACCAGGCUGAUAGUAAUAUCGAAGAAGUCAAAUUGGAAUUGGUGGUUCCCAACGAAAAGUGUCCACAACUCGAUGAUAAUCAAAAUGAGUUGAAAAGUUUAAACAUUGUAAAUACAGACGAAAAAGUUAUACCCAUAGUUGAAGAACAACUAGAUGUACUUAAUAAAGAACUAAAUCCCUCCACUCAACCCAUAAUGCGUUCGGAUUUUACAAAUACCAUACAAAUGCGUAAAAAAUCAUUGGAGAAUAGUUUACAAAAGGAUAAACAAUUAAAACCAGUGAGUAAAUCCAUGCUCUUUGAACAGCCGGGUAAAGUAAGCAUGCUGAAAAAUAAGUUCUCGAAUAUGCAGAGUCAAGUGAGUAGUAGUUUUAACAUAACCACAACAGCGUUUCCCAAAAGCAAGGAUUGCAUGGAUGUUUUGAAAUUAAAACGUAAAAUUGUUACUGAAGCUUGUCCUAACAAAACAACAAGCUCCUCUACAUCGUCCACAUCCAGCCUUCAUACCCAGCACUCAGCUUCGUUGCCCAACUCUCCCAUACCACCACGCAAGACCAAUGCGUGUGCUGCGUUCCGGUUAAGCGAUCGUGUGCGCGAAGUAACCGAUCGUUUGGCUCAACAACAAACUGUUUGUACCGAGGCUAGAAGAACGCAAAAAUCUCCAUCACCCAAUCGAAAGAAAAUUGUAUCACCGUAAAUUAAUUAUUAUUUUAAUUUUUUUAAUUAUUAUAAAUAUUAUAUAAAUAGUGUAUUUAAGAAAUUUUGUUAUUAUUAAGUCCCACAUAAAACAAAGAAAAAUUGUUAAACGUUAUUAUUUGUAGUUGUUUUUAAAUAUGAAAAAUUAUUAUUUUAUUUAACAUGUGAAAAAAAAAAAAUGUUACAGAGAAAAAUAAAAAUCUCGAAUAUAAGUUGUAAAACCUUCUAAUACUAUAUGAAUGAA